AUGAGACGAACGCCUGUGGGUUCCGCAGGCACCCGAGGUGUGGUUCCGCUCGCUUCUUUUUUCUGUGUCCGGUGGUCCGGCAUCCUCUCUCGCCACCGCCACGCCGGCGCCGUCCAUGCGACAGUCCUCAAGGGCCGCUGGCACUAUCUCGAACAUCCGUGGUGGACGACUGAGUGUGGCUACGCAUACGAGCCGCCAGGCGAUAUCCACAACCUCGAGGUUCCAGAUGGUGUCAAGAAACUAAUUACUAUGUUUCACAUAAUGGGGGUAUACAUCUACGUCGAUCCGAAAGGUGUCCCUGUUGGAGUUCAGGACGUGUCCAGCAAGUUUGAGUGGUCGAGGAGGCAUUACGAGGAUGUUGGCCUGGACGGCAAUUUUGCCGAUGAGUUUGUGCGCUGA